GCCAAGACAGAGCUGGCAUGUAGGCGGUUAUUUAGCACCAUAUCUACCCGUCUACAACCUUUUCAAAAUGGCAUCAACAAGCAAGAUACCCCUUCAAACAAGAAAUUUGCCAUGGGUUGAAAAAUACAGGCCACAGACCCUGGAUGACUUGAUCUCUCAUCAGGACAUUCUGAGUACAAUUCAGAAGUUCAUCAGCGAAGACAGGCUGCCUCAUUUGCUCUUUUACGGGCCUCCGGGAACAGGAAAAACUUCUACCAUCUUGGCCUGUGCCAAGCAGCUCUACAAAAACAGAGAGUUCAACUCGAUGGUUUUGGAGCUGAAUGCGUCGGACGACCGCGGCAUCGACGUGGUCCGUGGCCCCAUCCUCAGCUUCGCCAGCACCAGGACCAUUUUCAAAAAGGGCUUCAAGUUGGUGAUCCUGGAUGAAGCGGAUGCUAUGACCCAGGAUGCACAGAAUGCGUUGAGGAGAGUCAUUGAGAAGUUCACAGAGAACACUAGGUUCUGUUUGAUCUGUAACUACCUGUCUAAGAUCAUUCCUGCGCUCCAGUCCCGAUGUACACGCUUCCGGUUCGGCCCGCUGUCCCAGAGCCAGAUGAUUCCCAGACUAGAGCACGUUAUCCAGCAGGAGAACAUUGACAUCACUCCAGAUGGCAUGAAGGCUAUUGUGACCCUGUCAGUGGGUGACAUGAGAAGGUCAUUAAACAUUUUACAGAGCACUCAUAUGGCCUAUGGGAAAGUGACAGAAGAGACUGUUUACACGUGCACAGGCCACCCCCUACGGUCUGACAUUGCCAACAUACUGGACUGGGCCUUAAAUAAAGACUUUUCUACGGCGUACAAGCAAAUUCUGCAGUUGAAGACGCUGAAAGGUCUAGCACUGCAUGACAUUUUGACGGAGGUGCAUCUGCUUAUACACAGAGUGGACUUCUCCCUUUCCGUUCGGAUGGACUUGCUCAUUAAGCUUGCAGAUAUUGAGUAUCGCCUUGCCUCCGGAACCAGCGAGAAGAUCCAGCUGAGCUCAAUGUUGGCUGCCUUCCAGGCAGUUAGGGAUAUAGUGGUCAGUGAUGGCUAGUCCCGUUCUCCGUCCAGUGUAUGGGACUGAAGACCACGAGCUACUAACUCACUCAGUCCCAGGACUCGAGGAUGGAUUACAGCAGUGUGGUAUUCCAAAAGGAAGAAUUUAGUCCCUAUUUAUGAUCACGUUAUUGUUUCCUUCAAUAAAAGGAAAGUUAUACAGCAGGUGUAUAAAUUGUAAAAUAACCUUUAAAUAAAUAUUUCUUGUCAUUCAUAAA